AUGAGUUCGUCAAACAACAGAGAAUCGCCACUGCCGUUGCUGAAAACAUGCCAGACAUGUUUCUCUCUAAAGAUCCGGUGUUCGAAAACCCAGGACUCUGAUUCCUGCGAUCGAUGCUUGAGACUUGGCAAGACGUGUAUCUUCAACCAAGCUAGGCGUCGCCAGAAUGUAAAUCGGCAAAGAAGUACAGGACUUAUGAUUGGUAUUUAUAGAGAAAGAUUGGAUGUCAGAUCCAAGUCCGAGCAAUCAUCCAAGUCGCCAACAAGUCCUUAUGAAAAAGCAUCUUCGAGCAGCAAAGUGCAGGAUAUCUUCAAUCAGAAUGCAUCAUUUGACCCAUUUGAACGAGGAAUAAUAACUUUCGAAGCUGCUAGAGACUUGCUCGACUGCUACAGGACCCGAAUGAUCCCAUACUUUCCUUUUGUCCUCUUUCGAAAUGACGUAUCUGUUGAGGAGUUGAACGCAGAACGCCCCUUUGCGUGUCUGGCUGCACUAGCCGCAGCUUCGCAUGCCGAUGUCCCCGCCCAAAAAGCACUUGGUUACUUAUUCAAGCAGAUCGUUGCCGCAAAGAUGGUGGAAGGCGAUUUCUGUCAACUGGAUCUACUGCAGGGACUUCUGAUUAAUCUUGCAUGUGAUCUGAGACUUGAUAAACCUCGAAGACCAAAGUUAUGGAGUGCCGAGGGCGGGAAAGAUAAGAACAAGCCAGACUGGGGCCCUGAUGAGAUGAGAGCUCUUGCAGGGACUUAUUACUUAUCUUCAAGUGGGACUUGGGCUAAAAAGCAAAGUUCGUCUAUUAUUCUUCAGAAAACACGCCAAUUCUUCUAUACGCCAUACAUAACUGCUUGUUGCGAGCAUCUUGCAUCUUGGAACGAAUACCCGAUGGAUAAAUAUCUUCCGUACAUGAUUACAGUGCAAACGCUCAUCGAAGGAGUUGAAGAUCUUGUCAACAACACAUUGUCUACUAAUAACGGUCUGCAUUUCUUUUCUGGGUGUCAGGAAAUCUCACAGAAGUGUACCGAAAUCAAGGAAGCGCUUCCUUUCCCUUUGAGCGAAAGCCCACCUCUGCUUCUCCAGAUACACAUUCUAGAGCUUUUACUCAGCCAGUCAUCGCCGAGAGGAACAUCUUUCGGUCUAGACAAGUUCAACAAUCAAUUUGAACACGAAAGCUCGCUCAUAGACUGGCUGUCGGCAAGCAUGUCAGCCGCUCGCUCUCUCAUCAGUGUGAUUCUUGUCAUGCCGCAAGGUGAAGAGGUGUACAUGUCAAACAUGGGCUGGAUCAUGAUGAACUGCGGCCUGAACCUUGCUGUUCGUCUUGAUCUUGUCGCCGCUAGAGGCAGCAUAUCUGGAUCUAUGCAACACCUUCGUCGGUUCUUAGAUAUGCGACAUACUCUUCGUCAACUAGUCCUGCGGUUCGAGGCGACGCCAGGUCAGGAUGCACCAGCAGACCAUCCGUUCUAUGCUCUUGCGAAGCGAAUACGUCGGCUUGAGAAUUGGUACCUGUCGCAGGCGGAGCACCAGACACCAGAUUCAUCAGUCUCUAUAAGUCCAUCUGUCAAUGACCAAUCGUUACUUGGCGUCGGUACUGAUGCCAGUGGCAUGUCAGUUGGGUCAAUGCCGUUCAUAGCCAGUCCAUGGCCAAUGAGCUCAGAUUGGUAUCAAAACCCUGACCUCGACAUUGGAACUUUUCUCUUCGCAGAUCCUGUCGAGUUUCCUAUCAACCUGGGUUACGGAACUUAG